AUUAUUUAUCUACCCAAACAAAUUAUUACUCAUUUUCUUCUUCUUCUCUUUUCACUAUUUUCUCUCUCCUCAUAAAAGCAGUUCAAGUUUAGCUGUACAAGUCGUGGUCUAAUUAAACCAACACCAACAACAACAACUAAAAACCGAAAUUAUAAUUAAAAACCUUCAACUAGUAAUAAACAAAUUUUCAAUUCUUCAAUUCUCAAUCUUUCUCUCUCCUCUUUUUAUCAAUUUUUCACUUUCCACCAUUUUUUUGUGUUUCUCUCUCCUCCAUUUUUUUUUUGCUUCGACAAUCAAUCAUCACUGUCGGUGUCAACUUCGGCAGCGAACUAUUUGAAGUUCAAAUUUUAACAACGCAGUGAUUGAAUUUGAGAAAUGGCGAGUCGAUUGAAAGAAGACGAUAGAAAUGAGAAAGUUAUACGAGGUCUUCUUAAGUUACCUGGUAAUCGUAGGUGUAUGAACUGCAAUACUCUGGGUCCCCAAUAUGUGUGCACCACUUUUUCGACUUUUAUUUGCACUACUUGUGGUGGGAUUCACCGUGAAUUCACACACCGAGUAAAGUCAGUAUCAAUGGCUAAAUUUACACCACAAGAGAUUGCUUCUCUUCAGGCUGGCGGAAAUGAGCGUGCAAAGGAAAUACACUUUAAAGAUUGGGAUUCUCAACGGCAAACUGCUCCCGAUAGCAGCAACGUGGACAAACUUCGCGACUUUAUCAAGCACGUGUAUGUGGAUAGGAGAUACAGUGGUGAAAGAGGCAGCGACAGACCUCCACGCGGAAAACUGGGGGACAAAGAAGAACCAAAUGAAAAUAGGAGAUCGGAUGCAUAUCAGAGUGGUUCUCGAAGCCCACCAUAUGAUGAUAAAUAUGAUCGUCAUAGUGCCAGGUCGAGUCCUGGCUAUGAUUCGAGAAGAAGUCCAGGAUAUGAUCAAGACAACCAGAGGCAUAGUGACUAUGGGAGAAGCCCUGUCCGUCCUGGAAUUGUUAGUGAUUGGCGACGGGAAGACAGAUUUUCUAAUGGAAGUAGAUCUGAUGAUCAUCGUAGUUCUGACGGAGAAGGUAAGCCUGAAAUCAGAUCGCCAGAUAGCCAAAAAGAUUCUACUUUCCCCAGCCCACCUCCUGUACGAUCUGUUAAGGAGAUACUGGGAGAGAAUGUUGUACCUCUUCGCAUUAGUGAGCCUCCAAGAGCCAGUAGUGGCAGGGCGUCUGAUGUCUCUAAAGUUACUCAGAGAACAGCCUCCUCUAGUAGCUUGGCAUCCAGCAAUGGCAAUCCUGUGGAAAUUAAAAGGGAAGCAUCAUUGAUUGAUUUUGAUGCUGAUCCGGAACCUCCUAUGGCUGCCGCUGCAACACAAGUUCAGCAAUCAGCUGCUGGUCAAUCAGUUGUGCAGUCAACAAGUACACAAAGUGAUGAUAAUUGGGCUUGUUUUGACAGUGCUCCUGUAGAUAAGGUGUCUCAAGGACUUCAAAGUACGAAUCCACUGGAAUCUGUACUUACAGAGUUGUCAGUUCCAGCUCCUGGCCAUUCAAUUGGAUCAACAAGUAGCAAUGCUGCUCCCGUGCCUUCAAGUGGCAUGUUCCCAUUGUCAACUAGUGGUGAUUUGCUAUCUGCUUCUGUGGAUAAUACAUCAGUAGCUGCAUUUCCUGUGUCUGCUCCUGCAUCCUCACCAUUGACCAGUUUGUCAUCUUUCCCAUCUGGAGGUGCUGCGCCUGCUCAUAGCCUGCCACCAACAUUGCCUGCAAAUGGCGGUACUUAUCAGCAGUAUGGAAUGCAGCCUCAGCAACAGGCUUUCACCCAUUUUGCUGCUGGUCAGCCCGUUGCUCCACAAGUAGCUUCAGCUUUUCCUAGUAGUUCUGGCAGUCAGGGAGUGACAGGCAAUCCUGUCGCACAAUCUUCACAAGCUGGUACAAUCCCUCAGUCACAAACAGUUGAAGCUAAAUCCAGCGACAGAAAAGAGCUUCCUGCGGAUCUCUUUGCUAAUACAUACUCAUUUGCCCCUUAUCGAGCUCCUGGUUGGCGAGCUGGUGUCAGUGGUAUGUAUCCUGGUAUGGGAUUUCCUAUGCAGUAUAACCCUGCAAUGUCAAUGGCAACAUAUCAACAGCCAACAUAUCAACAGCCAACAUAUCAACAGCCAACGUAUCAACAGCCAACGAAAUCAGCUAACCCUUUUGAUGCUGAAGGAUCUUCUGUGCAACCUGCAGAGUUCCCUUCUAUGUCAUCUGUGCAUGCUGCCCUCCCUGAUACUGGGGCUCCAAGAGGAGUAGCACAUGCUUCAAAUCUCGGUGCUGCUACACCUUCAUGGAUGACACCUCAGUUGUCAACAGCGCACCCGGCUGCACCAUCUUUUGGAUCUGGCAUGCCAGCUGGGAUAUACAUGGGCCAGCAGCUACCCACCAACACAACAUCAUCCAGGCCGCAAGGAUUUGGAAGCUCUAAUAAUGAAGGGACUGGUUUUGGCCCAUUGAACCCGACUGCACCCAUGCCAAACCCUUCCCUUAGUGGGAAUCCAUUCGGCUAAAACACGUCUUGCUCCACCCCUUUCGACAAUUCUUUUGUAAUGUUUCGUCUUUCUGCAGAGCUUAUACAUCUAUACUCCACCUCAAGUAGGAAGUUUUGAGGUCUUGGUGCUGAGGUUCAUUUGCCGUGUUCCCAUGUAAAAACGUUUUGCACCUGUAGAAUACAUCUAGAGAAUGUGAAGAGCUUUGAGGAGUAAUCUUGUGAUUUCAAAGGGGCAUGCAAGUCCAUGGAAUUGUCAUAUGUUGCAAUUUUGAUCUCCAUCUAUACCGAUGACGGAUCAGCAUUUGGCGAUCGUUGUUUUAAGCUUGUGCCCUCUCAAAUUGUAUCAAUUCUUUUUCUAUUUUACUGUAACUUAGUGUGGUAUCAUCUACUGCCAUUAUUUCAGUGAGUGGCGUCCAUUUGUGAAAAAUUUAUUUUAGUGGGCUUGAUAUAUGAAGUAUAAGACACUCAUUGUAUCCCCCUUUUCUUUUUCUUCUUCAUUAUUUACCUUAUGUGAAUAUAGAUGCUUCAUUUGAAAAAAUGUCUUGUUUUCUGACA